UUUUCCCCUACCUUCAAAGGUUCAACACUAACAGCAACACAUUAUUACAACCCUUUAGCUUCUUCAGGCAUCGACAUCAGAGCAUAAACCAUGGCUCCUGGUGAGCUCGCAGGACUUCACUACCUAGCACCUGAAAACCCAAUCCUGAAUCCAGCCAACCUUGGCAUGAUGCAAAAUACUAUACCAGCUUUUCAUUUCAAUAGAUUCUUAAACAGCCUACCCAAUUUCAACAUCCUACCGCCUGCUCAUGAAUUCACUGCACAAUCCUCAAGUAUCAGCAAUUAUUCAACUUCAGAUGAGGCUGAGGAACACCAGGUCAACAUCAUCGACGAAAGGAAACAGCGAAGAAUGAUAUCUAAUAGAGAAUCUGCUCGUAGGUCAAGGAUGCGGAAACAGAAGCACCUUGAUGAACUCUGGUCCCAAGUAAUCAGGCUUCGCAACGAGAACCAUAGUCUGAUCGAUAAGUUGAAUCAUGUAUCAGAGUGCCAUGACUUGGUUCUUCAAGAGAAUGCAAAACUCAAGGAAGAAGCCUCUGAUCUUCGCCAAAUGCUGACAGACUUGAAGAUUGGCAGCCCUUAUUUGAAAGAGCUGGAAGAGGUUCCCUGCAACACUGCUCACCUGCGAGCUGAGUCCACAAAUCAAUCUAUUGCCAACUCUGUAGACUUUCUUCAUUGAGAUGAGAGUUAUGUUUGCCAUAUACAAACUAUUAUAUGUUCCUCAGUUUGGUACGGUUGUUAAUCAAGCUUUUGACUUAGUUUGAGCCGUAUGAGAGAUUAGAAUCAAACCAUGCAAUAACAUCUUUCGAUCAUUUUAUCCUAA